UCUAUCUAUCAUGGUCUCGUGUCCCAUCGAGCAUCUCUCAUUGUUCAAUGAAACACUCGCAACUCUCGGCAUUAGAAGAAAAUCCGCGAGACUCUGGCGCUCUUCGGUCCGGCUGUUGGAGCACAAUUUCACUGGAUCGCGUCGAACACGUAUAACGAUACGGUGCGUACAGGUAUAUCGUAUACGUGUGUGCGAGAGGUCCUCGCUCGGCGAAAGGCCCCCGCAGAGCGAGCGCGGCGCAAUUUCUUCGGUCCGCAGCACGAGCUGCGCGCGGCCCACGAUAAACCGGUUAGUCAUCCCGGCGAGUGUAUACUGCCUAUCGCGCAUCGCUCGAAAUCAUUUCACAUUCGCGCGUAUUAUAGAAAGUUUUGGAAAGCAUAUCGGGAGCCGUAGCCAGUGGCACUGCCGAUCUCGUCUCGCUCACUCGGCCUCAGUUCGCGCUUCGUUCGUUUCGCUGCGAAAAACUCGCUCAUCAGCAUUCAUAAUAUAUCUCAUCAGCUCGCGCCCAUCAUGAUAGACCUAAGCUCCAUCAGCUUGAAUUUGAACGCCUGGACGAUAGCAGCGAUCUUCGGCCUGGCGAUCGUCGUCAUCGGGCUUGGCAUCGUCGCGCUCCUGGUCCUGCUCAAAGUCUACGUGUACCUCAGCACCGGCGUCUGCAAGAGCAAGGCCAGCAUGAAGGGCAAGACCUGCAUCGUCACCGGCUGCACCUCCGGGAUCGGCAAGGAGACGGCCAGGGACCUCGCCAAACGCGGCGCCAGGCUCAUCAUGGCCUGUCGCAACGUCGACGCAGCCAACCAAAUCAAAGAGGAACUGACCAAGGAGACCGGCAAUGGACAAAUCGUCGUGAGGAAGCUCGACCUGUCGUCGCUCGACUCGGUCCGGCAGUUCGCCAAGCAGAUCAACCGCGAGGAGAGCCGUCUCGACGUGCUGGUCCACAACGCCGGCACCGCCGACACUUUCAGCAAGAAGGUCAGCGUCGACGGCAUUGAAAUGACCAUGGCCACCAAUCAUUACGGGCCAUUUUUGCUAACUCAUCUGCUAAUCGAUCUACUGAAACGCUCCGCCCCGAGUCGCAUCGUCGUCGUGGCGUCCGAGCUCUAUCGCAUCGCCUCGCUCAACCUGGACAACGUGAACCCGACGACGAGCUUCCCGGCCUACCUCUACUACGUGUCCAAGUACGCCAACAUCGUGUUCACCCUGGAGCUGGCGCGUCGUCUCGAGGGCACCGGUGUUACGGCCAACUGUCUGCAUCCCGGCAUGAUCGACAGCGGCAUCUGGCGCAAUGUACCGGCGCCUCUGUCCUGGGGUCUGUGGCUCGUCAUCAAGGCUUUCUUCAAGAGCCCGGAGCAAGGCGCCCAGACAUCGAUCCACGUGGCCGUGGCCGAGGAGCUUAAGACCAUCAACGGCAAAUAUUUCCUCGACUGUCGGGAAACGUCUCUGUCGUCGGGAGUCAAAGAUCCUGCAAAGGGCAAAAAAUUUUGGGAGCUCAGCGAAAAUUUGGUUUCUCUGCAACCCAACGAGGCAAAGAUCUAAAUGAACCUCGAAACAGAAACACUUGCUGUUCGCAUCCUCCGCGCACUCCGUCCGACAUCUGCAAAAUUGCAGUUAUUACUAAACUAAUCAUUCCAGCUAUCACUACUUAAGUCUCUUUUUUCCUACUGUAGGUCGGAUAAUAUCAUUUCUAAUAUUUACCAGGUGAUUGACGACUAUUUUUGUAACUAUAAUCCUCGGCCGUUCGAAUGUCUUGUGCUUGUUGGUCCGUUAGCUAAUAAUCACUUAGUAUUUUAUGAUUCGUUCGACUGUAAUCACGGUUCUUGGCCACGAUGCCUUUUUGUACUUUCAACACAAUUUCAUGGUUUUCCCUCUUUUUGUUACUGAUGUUCUUAUGUAUCAUUUACGUGCACGAUUUAUUUUGUUAUGGAAUUGACUCUGUGAUAAUUGUUACAAACAAGCGUGUAAUACAAAUAUCUUUAUC